CUUCCGGAUUUGGACUACGCUCCGCCCAACUGAAUGUCACAUGACAGUCAUGCGCUUCAACACUUCCUGGUUUGGAGGCUCGUAUAGCAAUGCAGGCUUGGGUCCAUUUCGUGGUCAUUUUAAUCAUCUUCGGUGAAUUAUCAGUAGGUGAUGAAUUUCGCUUUGCAUCAUAUUAUGGAGAGCACAUGGUCCUGCAGAAAGCUCCAGAGGAAGCCGUGGUGUGGGGAUACGGCACAACUGGGGCAGAGGUUCAGAUUUCUUUAGCAGGACAACAAAGUGAACAAGUGAAAUCUGUUUCUGUCCUUAACGGCAUUUGGAAGGUGAUUCUUGACCCGGUUCAGGCUGGAGGUCCCUAUAAUCUGACUGUAGUUCAGAAAGGAAUCAAGAUUGUACUCACGGAUGUGCUGUUUGGAGAUGUUUGGUUAUGUGGUGGGCAGAGCAACAUGGCUUUCACACUUGGUCAGGUCUAUAAUGCCUCAGAGGAGCUGGCCAUUGCCAGUAAGUUCCCUAACGUGAGGGUCUUCCAGGCUGCACUGGAGAAGAGCAGUGUUGAGUUGACUGACCUUGCAGGUGUGGAGGUUCCAUGGUCCCGUCCUACACCAGAGGUCCUGGGAGGAAAGGAUUUCACCCACUUCUCAGCCGUGUGCUGGUUGUUCGGACGCUACCUUUACAAGAGCCUGAACUAUCCGAUCGGGCUGGUGGAGUCAUGCUGGAGUGGAACGCCUGUCGAAGCUUGGUCCUCUCUCAGAGCACUCCAUCGCUGUGGGCUUAAGGAAUCUACCACGAGUUCAAGUUUAUCAUCAUACACUGAUGAUGACCUGAUCGAGUGGAGCAGUACGGUGUUAUGGAAUGCCAUGAUCCACCCUCUGCUCAACAUGACCAUCAAAGGAGCCAUAUGGUACCAAGGUGAAGCCAACGCCCAGUUCAACCAGGACAAAUACUCGUGCACUUUCCCAGCUAUGAUCGAUGACUGGAGGAUGGCAUUCCAUGAAGGAUCAGAGGGCCAGACUGCACAAGAUUUUCCGUUUGGAUUUGUACAGCUGAGCACCUAUAGGAAGGUCCAUAAUGAUGGUUUCCCAGAGAUUCGAUGGCACCAGACAGCAGACUACGGCUUUGUUCCAAAUGAGCGCAUGAAGAAAACUUUCAUGGCUGUCGCUGUGGACUUGCCAGACAUUUUUUCACCCUGGGGCAGCAUUCACCCACGAUAUAAACAGGAUGUGGCGAACAGGCUGGUGCUCGGUGCACGAGCUGUAGCCUAUGAGGAAACAGGGGUGUCCUUCCAGGGUCCUUUUCCCAACCAAGUCUUGAUUGACAACAACACCAUUAUCAUCACUUAUGAUCAAAAAAUCAGAGCCACACUUUCCACUGACAUUUUCGAGAUCUGCUGCUCUGAGGAGAAGAAACAGUGUAGCUCGUGUUCCCAUUGGAUUCCUGUCCCAAUGAAGGAACAGGGAAGUGAUUACGUCUUGGUAACAAUAGCUAAGUGUCCCCUUGACAACGUAGCUGCUUUGCGUUACGCAUGGAGUGACUGGCCGUGUGCUUUUAAAGCAUGUCCCAUCUACAGCGCAGACGGAGUCUUACCUGCACCACUGUUCAUCCUUAACCGCUGGCCAGCAGAGAGCUGAUGAUGCACAAUCAAGAAACUUUCCCUCUGCACAUGUGAAAUACUUUCAAGACAUGCUGCAUGGUUGAUCACACUAAUGCAUGUCUUGGUCAAUGCUGGAUAUUUUUCUACAGAUCAGGGAUUAAGAUACAGAGAGGGUUAUGAGAUUAAAUCCCGGAACUGAUGUAUAGGGUGAACUAGGUAGUGGGUAGGAAUUGGUAUGACAAGACUGAGGGGAAAAACAGCAGGUUAGAAAAGAUAUACAAGAAAUUUGAAUGUGUGAAGAAAUACUGAGUUUAUUAGGUACUAGUACCAAAUAUGGCUGCAGAUAAUAGGCAGUAGUCAACGAUUUUGUUCCAGAAGUAUUUAUGCUGUGAAAAAAUUACACAUUUUCAGAGUUUGUCUGCAUGAUUGCCAGAUUUCUCUUAGGUAGACAUGUUUAAGGUGGGGGGGUUUUCAAUAGCAUCUAAACCAGUAUCAUGAAACACAAGCACAUGCAGAAUGAAGAAGGAACUUGCGUUUAUCCUUUUUGCUGAAAUGCACGUACAACGUAACGUUCAUUUUUAAAAAAUAUAGAAUGAUAAAUAAAAUAAAAAAUAUAUAUGAAUGACAAGAUGCCAAGCAUUAAGCUAAACAUCUCCCACCCUCUUUAUUGAGAAGCUUAUAAAAUAGCACUUGAUGAUUUUUUUUUAGAUUUUCAGCCGACAAUUUACAAACAAAUUUUAUGAAACUACAAAACCACAAGCUGCCAAAUCGAGGUCAUGGCAUCAUAAUAUGUAUGCAAGCUCAGUCAGACCCAAAAAAGCCAAAUGAUGCACUUUAUGUGUCUAAGCUGCUACUCCAUGAUCAACCAGCAGGUGGGAAUAUUGUCAAAGCAUGCAGACAAGGUUACGUGUCUGAAUUUUCUAAAGGUUAUGAAAUGCGAGUGUUAAUUUAUUUGCACUCAUUAUUUUUCUUCAUUUGCAGUAUGAAGGCAAUAAGUAAAUGUAUAAAUAUAAUUGACUGCAAAAUAUGUUUAUUAAACCAAUUAAAUCGGAUAGAUUUGUUAUGACAUCUGUAUCAUGUUGACUUGCUUUUCACUCCGAUGAACAAACCACAGUAAAGUGUUAAGAUUUACUG